AUGAUAGCCCUGAGUUGGAUAAGAAACCUUGAGAUCGCGAAGAAAUCGUGGACGGAUUGUGAAGAGAUCGUUAUCAAGUUUCCCCAUGAAGAAAGAAAGGAUAGUGAGAAUAAUCGUAAAGACCCGAUCAGAUCACCCGAUAAUACUAUACC